GCCAGAGUCUUAUAUAACAUAAGGGUUGACGCUUGAAACCUUCUUGUUUUCAUCAUCAUCAUCAACUAAAUCAACUCAAUCAGAAGUUAAUUAGACCCCCUUUUCGGAUACACUUCCUCUUAUUCCUUUCAUCAGAUCCAAUCCACAGUAUCAAUCAGCCAUGACUGAUAUUCCGAGCGACCAAUGGGCACAGGUCGUUGAACAGACGGGCGGACCUGUCCACUAUAAGAAGAUCCCGGUUCCCAAGCCAGGUCCAGAUGAGGUUCUCAUCAAUAUAAAGUACUCCGGUGUUUGCCACACGGAUCUUCACGCAUUAAAUGGCGAUUGGCCAUUACCCACCAAGAUGCCCUUCGUUGGUGGCCACGAAGGUGCUGGCGUCGUCGUAGCACGCGGAGAACUCGUCAAGGACGUCGAGAUAGGCGACUAUGCCGGUAUCAAGUGGCUAAACGGUUCAUGCUUAAGCUGUUCAUUCUGCCAGCAAUCUGACGAAUCACUCUGUCCCAAGGCCUUAUUAUCAGGUUAUACAGUAGACGGCAGCUUCCAACAAUAUGCUAUCGGCAAGGCAGCCCAUGUCGCUAGGAUCCCAAAGGAAUGCAGCCUUGAGGCUGUUUCACCCAUCCUCUGCGCCGGUUUAACGGUGUACAAGGCCUUGAAGGAAUCUGGUGCAAGGCCCGGCCAACAAGUCGCCAUCGUCGGCGCUGGAGGUGGUCUCGGAAGCUUAGCCAUUCAAUACGCUAAGGCUAUGGGACUCCACGUGAUCGCCAUCGAUGGUGGUGAGGAGAAAGGCAAGAUGUGCAAAGAGCUUGGCGCUACCGAUUACGUCGACUUCAGCACGACUAAGAACCUAGUUCAAUCCGUCAAGAGUGCGACGGCCGAUGGCUUCGGUCCUCACGCCGUCCUCUUACUUGCCGUUAGCGAAGGCCCCUUCCAGCAAGCUAGCGAAUACGUACGCAGCCGAGGGUCCAUCGUCUGUGUCGGUAUGCCUGCUGGCGCCUACCUGAAGGCACCUGUAUUCGACACAGUAGUCCGCAUGAUCAACAUCAAGGGUAGCUAUGUCGGUAACCGCCAAGACACUGCUGAAGCCAUCGACUUCUUCAGACGAGGCCUCAUUAAGGCUCCCUACAAGGUCGUCGGCCUCAGCAAGCUGCAAGAAAUAUUCGACUUGAUGAAGGCUAGUAAGAUUGCUGGUCGGUAUGUUGUCGACACAAGUAAAUAAACAGGGUUUACGGAGUUUAGGAGAUACCAUACUGUGAUGUUUUCCUUUUCUUGUAUAUAUAUUGGUAAUGGCCGGCCGAUUGGAGUGGUACGACUAGAUGAGCUAAAAUGAGUGUAUAAAAUGUCGAAUAAUUGAACACAUUAUAAAUUCACGAUCGGUCUUAACUAUUGUCGGUAGGAACCCAGGCGCAUAGCACAUAACGGCUCAUUCCAAAAC